AUGUCUCCGACCAUGGCCAUGACAAUGCCCACGGCAAUGUACGCCCCGACGUCUGAUGUUAUGGACCGCCACGAGUAUGGCAUCACCAAGAGCCGCAAGAGCUCGUCGACUGGAGGAGGCAGAGCCUGGAGCGAGGACGAGGAAGUUUACUUGCUCCAGACCCGCCUGCAGAAGAUGCCGUACAAGCACAUCGCCGCCCAUCUGAAGAAGACGGAGCUGGCGUGCCGCCUGCACUACCACCAGCUGAGCCACGGCAGCAACCGGCGCAAGAGGACGACGUCCAUGUCGUCGAGCUCGUCGUCCAACGGGCACUCGCCGCUCAUGCAGGCCUCGAUCCCGAGCCCCAUCCACGAGUCGCCCAGCCGCAGCGUGUCGCCCCCGGGGUCCGUCAUCAGCUACGGCCACCCGGGCUCGCCCGGCAGCGUGCAGCUCCCCAGCAUCAUGAACGCCGGCGUGGGCUCCGGCUCGUCCCCGCGGCUGCCCGCCAUCCUGCCCAAGCCCGCCGGCAUGACCCUGGCCCUGAGCACCUCGAGGUACAACUCGCUCCAGGACCACGCCCAGCAGCAGCAGCAGCAGCACAGCGCGCCACUCCUGCCCUCGGCCAGCUUCUCGGCUGCCGCCCACGCCCGCACCACCCCGCCGCCCACCAUGGCCAGCGCCCCUGCGCCGGCGGCCAUGGCCCCGCUCCGCCUGGACUGCUCCGGGCUCCCGGCGCCCUCGUCUGCUGCCGGCGCGGCCCAGCCCGUCGACAUGGGCCGGCUGCAGGCCGUGUACAGCGCGCACCGCAACAGCUUCUGGUCGGCGGUGGCGGCCGACUACGGCAACGGGGCCCACCCCGUCGCCCUGGAGCAGGCCUGGAAGGCGGGCGGCGUGUCGUCGGGCCACGGCUACGCGGCUCAGACACCCAUCACGCCCAUCGGCAGCCCCGACGAGAGGGAUGUCUACGGCAAGCAGUGCCAGGACAAGACCCGCAUCUCGGCCAUCCUGGGGAUUGAUGCCAACCCGCGGAGCCCCAAGGAGAGGGAGAUGGUGAGGAGGAUGGAAGAGGAGAGGGUCAUGGUUGGUGUCGGUGCCUAA